GAAGCGCAUUUGCCAGCUAGGCUUUUGUGCAGAUCUCCAGCACAAUACCCAUAUGCCAGGGAGGGGCGCAGGAGAGGCCGGUGCAGGAGGCUGGCACAUGGCACUGACAUCAGCUCCUCCCCCUCCUCUCCCUGCAGCUCCGCUCUGUGUUGCAGCCGCUUCUCCGUGCUGAGCUCACUGUCCGCUGCCUGCAGGAUCUGCUCUCUCCUCCCGGGACCCCUGAAAUCGGUUGUUCCCCUGGAACACUGGGAUCUGUACCGCUUCUCCCCGGACUCUGCUGCUGCCCCGAACUGGCUGCUCACCGCUCUCUUUUGGACUUGUGGGACCCCCAGAAGCUGCAUCACUCUCAUGCCCUGAGGACCCCCAUCUCCGGACCCAGUUCCCGUCGGCCACUGUGGGACUUGGCAGCCAAGAUGUCAGUGCGGUGAUGCUGAGUCGGUGCUGCUGCUGCAGAGCUUCCUUUGGAAGAUAGGACCUGUUGCUUCACCAUGUGGAUAACCAGGUGGAGGGCCCUGACGUGGUCACUACCAACACUUUCAAUAUUCAUGUUCCACCUUUCUGUGUCCCAAGUCCCCGUAGACAAUUCAGAGAAGGAUUACUGCUCGCGGAAAGAGCACCCCAUCCUUUCUUUUCAAGAACUCAAGCCCUGGUUGUCUAACUUCACAUACACUGACGUACGGGAUUUCUCUCAGCUAGCGCUGGAUCUCAACCGGAAUCAGCUCAUCGUAGGUGCCAGGAACUACCUCUUCAGGCUGAGCCUGUACAAUGUGUCUCUCGUCCAGGCAACAGAAUGGAGUUCAGAUGAAGACACCCAGAGAUCGUGUCAAAGCAAAGGCAAAACGGAGGAAGAGUGUCAAAACUAUGUGCGUGUCCUGAUAGUGAGCGGGAAGCGAGUGUUUACCUGCGGAACCAACGCCUUUUCUCCGGUGUGCACCAGCCGCCAGGUGGGGAACCUGAGCAAGGUGAUUGAGAAGAUAAAUGGAGUGGCACGCUGUCCGUACGACCCCCGGCACAACUCGACAGCGGUGAUGACAACACGGGGGGAGCUUUAUGCAGCCACGGUUAUUGAUUUCUCGGGUCGGGACCCUGUUAUCUACCGUAGCUUGGGAAGUGUCCCCCCACUGCGCACUGCACAGUACAACUCCAAAUGGCUGAAUGAGCCCAACUUUGUGGCCGCCUAUGAUAUUGGGAUUUUCACCUAUUUUUUUUUCCGCGAGAACGCAGUGGAGCAUGACUGUGGAAAGACUGUUUACUCCCGGGUAGCGAGGGUCUGUAAGAAUGACUAUGGGGGGCGAUUUCUGCUGGAGGACACCUGGACUACUUUCAUGAAGGCACGGUUGAACUGCUCCCGCCCUGGGGAGAUUCCUUUUUACUAUAAUGAACUGCAGAGCACCUUCCUUCUACCCGAGCAAGAUCUAAUCUACGGCGUGUUCACCACAAAUGUGAAUAGCAUAGCAGCCUCCGCAAUCUGUGCCUUCAACCUCAGUGCCAUCACUCAGGCUUUCAAUGGGCCUUUCCGGUACCAGGAAAACCCCAGAUCUGCUUGGCUGCCAACCAUUAACCCAAUACCCAACUUUCAGUGUGGCAUUCUGAACGAUGACAGCCCCAACGAGAACCUAACGGAGAGGAGCCUUCAGGAUGCCCAGCGUCUCUUCCUUAUGAAUGAUGUGGUACAGCCGGUGUCUGUGGAUCCACUGGUGACACAGGACAGUGUGAGAUUUUCCAAGUUGGUGGUGGAUAUUGUCCAGGGCAAAGACACCCUCUAUCAUGUCAUGUAUAUUGGCACAGAGCAUGGAACCAUUCUUAAGGCCCUCUCCACCGCCAACCGGAGCCUGCGCAGCUGCUACCUGGAGGAGAUGCACAUUCUGCCUGCUGGGCAACAGGAGCCAGUCCGAAGCCUUCAGAUCUUGCACAGCAACAGAUCCCUGUUUGUGGGGCUGAACAAUGGAGUCUUGAAGGUGCCACUGGAAAGGUGCUCUAUCUACAGGACAGAAGGGACCUGUCUAGGGGCCCGGGACCCAUACUGCGGCUGGGACAGUAAGAAAAAGCGCUGCACCACUUUGGAGGACAGUUCCAACAUGAGCCUUUGGGCCCAGAACAUCACAGAGUGUCCUAUCAGGAACCUGACUGUUCAUGGUGGACUGGGCAUGUGGUCAUCCUGGCUACCGUGCCAACACUCCGAUGGGGAUUCGUCAUGCUUGUGCCGUUCCAGAGUAUGUGACAACCCUCUGCCUCGCUGUGGGGGUAGGGACUGCGACGGGACACGGAUAGAGAUCGCCAACUGUUCAAGGAAUGGGGGAUGGACACCAUGGUCAACGUGGGCACAGUGCAGCACUUCCUGUGGCAUUGGUUUCCAAGUUCGGCAAAGAACAUGCAGCAACCCAGCCCCUCGCUUUGGAGGAAGAGUCUGCGUUGGGCAGAGUCGGGAAGAAAGGUUCUGCAAUGAGAACAUUCCAUGUCCAGUACCAAUAUUCUGGACUUCCUGGGGCUCUUGGACUAAAUGCAGCUCAGACUGUGGAGGAGGGACCCACUCAAGACAGCGAUCCUGCGAGAAUGGAAACACUUGCCCCGGUUGUGCCAUGGAAUUCAGAACAUGUAACUCCGAGCCCUGCCCUGAAGUGCGAAGAAAUACCCCAUGGACGCCAUGGAUGGCGGUCAACAUAACUCAGGGCGGAGCCCGUCAGGAACAGCGUUUCCGUUACACCUGCCGUGCUCAGCUCGCUGACCCCCACAACCUGCAAUUUGGAAGGAAAAAGACAGAGACACGGUUCUGCCCCAAUGAUGGAUCCACAGCCUGUGAGACUGACACAGUUCUGGUGGAUGAUUUGAUGCGGAACAGUAAUACUCCAGGCCGUAUGAUCAAUGGGGGUUGGAGUCCAUGGAGCAGUUGGUCUUCCUGCUCCCGGGAUUGUGAACUAGGAUUCCGCUCCAGGAAAAGAAUCUGCAACAACCCAGAACCUCGUAAUGGAGGCCUUUCCUGUAUGGGGUCAGCCAUGGAAUAUCAGGACUGCAACCCACAGCCCUGCCCAGUGAAAGGCUUGUGGUCCUGCUGGUCACCAUGGACUCAGUGCUCAGCCACGUGCGGAGGAGGCCAUUACCAACGGACUCGCACAUGCACCAACCCCCCACCAUCCAAUGGAGGAGACAUCUGUAUAGGCCUACACACUGAGGAGGCACUGUGCAAUACUUACCCCUGUGAAGGUGGCUGGGCAGAAUGGUCAGAAUGGAGCAUGUGUCAUGAGGAUGGGUCCCAGUAUCGGAAUCGAUAUUGUGAGAUACACAUCCCAGGGCCUUCCCAGUGUUUGGGGAACAGCACUCAAUUCCGUGAUUGCAUUUACAAUGAAAUCCCAGUCAUCCUGCCAGCUUCUAGCAUCAAUGAGAACACCGAAUGUGGAGGAUUCAGCUUGAUUCACCUGAUUGCUACCGGAGUCUCCUGUUUCUUUGGCUCCAGCCUCCUGACCUUUGUGAUCUACAUCUAUUGCCAACGGUGCCAGCGCCAGUCACAGGAAUCCACCGUCAUUCACCCAGCGACCCCCAACCACCUGCAUUACAAGGGCAACUCUACACCCAAAAAUGAGAAGUACACUCCUAUGGAGUUCAAGACACUCAAUAAGAACAAUUUGCUUCCAGACGACCGGACCAACUUCUACCCAUUGCAGCAGACCAAUGUAUACACCACAACAUACUACCCCAACACUUUGAGCAAAUACGACUUCAGACCAGACUCUUCUCCAGGCAGAACUUACACUAACAGCUGAGAUUUGACCCAGCACUGAACUGACAUCUGUACCUGAAGGAUUCCUUGCAACACUCCCCCUCUCACAAUUCAUAAAACUGUGGCCUAACUCAGCCCCUAAUGCUGAACGAGAUGGGUAGGAUCUCAGACCUGUUGAUUAUUCUCUGUGAAUUCGUGUACAUGUAGAACCUGAUGAGACCUGUGGGAUGAUGUUGUGGUGGCAUCUCCAGGGUCUAGACUGGGAUGGAGAAAUGAUUGUCCAAGUCCUCUGAUUACUUGAACACAACAUGUUGCCUGUGCAGAGUAACCAAGACACUGACUAUUUGUUUUUGGGUAAUUUUUCAUUUUUUGGGGGGAGGGGAGAAUGGGUUGGUUGGGCGAAGGGAACACUGGACAAGUUUAAGUAGGAUUGGAGACGGCCCAUUACACUGAAUGGCUUUGUUGCUUGCAUGAGCAUCUCAGGCUCACUCACCUUCAUGGCUCUUUGCCUUUUUACCAUUAUCACUUUCCCGAUGUCCAUGGAACUGUUGGUUAGAUUGCUGGAGGACUUGGACUCUAUUUUUAAUGAACUUGAGAGUCCCGUGGGCAGUUGCAUUAAAUGAAGCGGAUACCAUGCUCAGUUGGGCUUUACAGAACCAACCUUGUGAGCUACAGAAGGGCGAUGUUUGUGGGAUUGAUUAUGGGGGUGAUGACGAAGCCAGUCCAUGUGUUCUCUACUAUCACAUGGAUAUGGGUUCACCUACUCCUUUGCUGGCAAAGGGGACUAGCAACUAAUUGCUUAUCUCUGGGCCCCUCAUUAGGGACAAAGCCAAACCCUGGAAUCCACCAAGUGAGACACAGCAAUGCACAUCUCUCCCACCCCUUUGCUGGGCAGAAAUGUAGCAGUCUGAUAGGUGACAGGAGAAGGUGUGUCCUUGAUUCUAUCCACUGUAAGGGCUUCAUUUUUAUCGGAUUUGAACAACAUAGCCCUGUUGGGGAGGGCCUGCCCCUCGCAAGCUUGUGCCUAAUUGAACCCUACGGUUGGUUCCUCUCUGAUCCAGUAACUGAUGGCAGUUCAGAGAGAAACACUGGCUCUCGGGUCCCUGCGGAACAUUCUUUUGAUCUCUCAAUACAUUUUUUCAUUUUCACGUUUCCUAGAAUUAUGAAUGUUGGCUUUUUUUUUUUAGUAUUUUAGUAUUUUUUUA